AUGAAUUUAAGCACACAUGGUACCAAGACUUCACUUAAGGCCCGUUUAAAUGAAGCCAUUGAUUCGCUUGAACCUGAGCAGAUUGAAAAUCUAUUCCCUGUUGUUGACCAGGAAAUGAAGAAAAAGGAAGAAAUCGCUUCGUUGGAAAAACGUUUGGCUGAACUCAUCAAUAACAGCCCUAUUCGUGAGUUCCAGCACGUUAGUUCACAUUCGUCACGUGAUAUCGAUUACCAUUAUUUAGUGGCGACGAUAAUUACCCUAUUACAGAUAGCUUCUUCCGCAGAGAUUGAUGAACAGGAUGUGAUUGCCUAUAUAAUCAAGGGGAUCCCUGAUUCAAUAUUUAAUAAGCAAAUCAUGCUUACUGCAAAUACCAUCGCUGAUCUCAAGAACAUUCUGCGCAAGUAUGAAAAAAUGAAAUCCGAGUUGCAAUCUACGAGUUCUGGUUACAACAGAUCUGUACAACCUUCGAGAAGUGUGCCACGUGUUGAUGCUAAGGUCAGGUGCUUUAACUGUGACGAAGAGGGUCACAUAUCAAGUAACUGUCCCAAAGCUCGAAGAGAAAAAGGUUCGUGUUUCCGAUGCGGACAAAAGGGACAUAUUAUCACCAAUUGUCCACAAAAGUCUUCAGUUCUCGUCGUCCAAAAAAUGUACAAUGGAAUCUCCAGUUUCAACAUUGAUGACCGAUUUUCAUGGAGUGUUGGAGUAUGA